CAUUCCUUUAUCUCUCUUUUUUCCACAGCUCUCGAUCCUGCCGCCUGGGGUUUCAAGUCUGAUGAUCCCAAAGACAAACUAGAUCCAACGGAUGCCGAUUUUGUCGAUGUCAUACACACCGAUCCGUUUAUAUUUUCAUUUCUAACGCCGGUUGGUCAUGCCGAUUUCUAUCCAAAUUUAGAGACAAUUAUCCAGCCGGGUUGUAACUUUGGCGAGGAGAGGAGAAAUUGUAACCAUUUCCGUUCCGUGAUUUACUAUGCCGAAUCGAUUACAACGGAUGUGGGAUUUUGGUCAUAUUACUGCGGCAAUUUCCUGCAUUUCUUGUUGAAUAGAUGCUACCAUUUCGAAGAGGAAAACCAGUUGAUGGGUUACUAUGUCAGUAAUAAGUGAGUAGAUCGGAGCAUGCAGAAAGAAAGGGAGAAAUCAGGGAAGAAAAUAUAAAAAGUUGAUACAGGUCUUAUAUUUCAUCUGCCUCUGUCCGUUAAAUUGGAGUUUCGUUAAUGAAACUUUGUGUGUCUGCCUCCGGAAAUUUGGG